AUGAAUCUAAAACCUGAACAAAAUGGAAAGAUUGAAUUUAAAAAAUUCAUAGAAGAAAUAAAAUAGAAUUUUAUAAGUUAAUGUGAAACCUUUGAUAAAGAAAUAGAGAAAUAAUUUGAGAUUUUAGCUUAAUAAGAUUAAUAUUAUAUUGAUCUUUUGAACUCUAAUAUCCUUAUACCAAAUUAGUUUAAUUAAAAUAUUAACUCUUUAGUUGAUAUUUUAAGAAAAAAAAUAGAAAAUUGGAUUCAGUAUAGAGAUAAAUGUUAUAAAGAUAUAAGUGAAAUAUAAGAUACCUUACAAAAUAAAGUUAAUGAUUUUAACCAAAACUUAUUAUAGCAAUUAAAUAUUUUAUAUUCCCUUAAGUAAAAAUCUAAUUAUUAAAAUAUUAGUACUCUGGAAGUUAUAGGAAUAAAAAAAUAGUUCUCUAGUUUGAAAGAAACUAAAUUGUAAGUUAUAUAUACAAAAAAUAAUGAAAUGAUAUAUUUGCAAGAUGGAGAAAUACUUAGAUGGUAUUUGAAAAGAUUUAUAAUUGAAGUGAUGAAAUAUAAGACUACAAUGACUAACCUUAGAUAAUGAAAAAUUUAGAAUAGAUCAGGCAUCUAAUUUGGCAUGGUUCAUAUAAUUUGAGUGCAUAAAAGGAAGGCAAAUGGUAUCCAACAUGGAAGGGAGAAAAAAUUGAUGCUGGAGGGACUUAUUAAUUAAAUGGAAUAAAGAAUGGUUAAUGGAUAGAAUUAAGCUAAAAUUUUUGGGAGUAUUUUGAUAUUUAAUAUUUUAGCAAAGCUUAAGUAUUUGAAAAGGGAAAGUAUUCUAAUAAUAAGAGAUGUGAUAAGUGGGAGUUUUUCCACAAUAAUUAAUUAGUGUAUUAUUAUUUCAUAAUUAUUAAGGAGUGAGGGUCUUUAUUCAUAAAAUGGCUUAAAAAAUGGAAGAUGGUCUGAUUUACAUGAUAAUUAUCAUGAGUAUUUAAUUUUAUCCAUUUAAUAGAGGGAAUAAAGUCAUUCUUAAUGGAGAGUAUUUGGAAGGGUAAAAGGUUAAAAAGUGGAAUAUAGUAUUAAAGGGAACAUAAAUGUAAUAAGAAUUCAUUAUUUUUCAGAGGUGGAGGAUAUUAUAAUGAAAUAGGAGAAAAGGAUGGAAAUUGGAUAGAAUUGCAUAAUAAUUUUAAUGAGUAUAGUGUAUUAAUAUUGCAGAAAUAAUCAAAUAAUUGAGUAAGGAUAAUAUAAAAAUGGAUAGAGAAUAGGAUAAUGGGAUUUUAAAUAAGAUGGGAAAAUAAUGUAAAAUAUUGAUAUUAAUAUUAAAGUGGUGGUGGAUAAUACUCUCUCAUAGGAAAUAAGGAUGGAAUAUGGACAGAAUUACAUAACUAUUAUUCUAAGUAUUGAAUUAGUAAUUAUAAUUAGAGACAAUUUAAUCUGUUAUUAAGGUUAAUAUUAAAAUGGAAAAAAGUGUAAUAAAUGGAAAAUUCUAUAUAAAAGUGAAGAAGAAAGUUAUUAAGAAAUUAUGUAAGAUUUACUUAUUAAUUUUUAGUGGUGGAGGUAAUUAUAGUGAAAAUGAAAUCAAAAUAGGUGGAUGGAUAGAAUUGCAUGAGUAUUUUUCAAAGUAAAUGAGAUAAAUAUCCUUUAGUUUUGGAUAAGUUGUUUAUGAGGGAAUAUAUAGUAAUGGGAAGAAAAAUUAAAUAUGGGAUAUUAAAUUUCGAAAUAUUUCAUCAGAGUUUGUAGUAAUGUAAAAAUUUACAAAAAAAAUAGUGGUGGAGGAUAAUAUGAUUCAAAAGGAAUUAAAUAAGGAGAAUGGAAAGAAUUACAUCCUAAUUUCUCUUUGUAUUUGAUUUUUUAAUUAUAAAUAGUUAGACAUAGAUUUUUUAUAAGGGUAUUUAUAUAAAUGGAAAAAAAUCUGGGGAAUGGGAAAUUAAAUUAAAGUAAGAUGAAAAGAAUUUGAUGGCAUUGUAAUAAAUAUUAUUUAUUACGUUAGAGGAGGAGGAUUAUAUGAUGAAAAUUAGUUGAAAAAUGGCUAGUGGAUUGAUUUGUAUGAAAACUUCAAAAAGUAUUAAAUUAUUUAUUAAGUUUAGUCAUUGUCAAGUAAGAUAUAAGGGAGAGUAUUAUAAAGGUAAGAAAUAAGGUACAUGGUAAAUUAAAUUUAGAGAAUCGACAUUAUCAAAGAUUGAAAUAGAAAUGUAAAUUUAUUAUUUCUAAUAUAGUGGAAAUGGAGAUUAUGAUGAAAAUGGAAUUAAAACUGGUGAAUGGGUGGAAUUAGAUGAUUAAUUUGAAGAGUAUAAUAGUUAUUUAUUUUUAAGUAUGGAGUAGAUCAGAUAUUAAGGAAAAUAUGUUGAAGGUAUAAAGACUGGAAUUUGGAAAAGAUAGAAAAGAAUAAAUGGCAAGGGAAACUUUGUUUCAGAUGAUGAUAAUGAGAACAAGUAAUUUAAGUGA